AUGUCUGUGCAAGAAACGCCUUCUAAAGUUACCGCCAACGCUCUCUCUACCCUCGACCUCUCUUCUGCCGACAAGAAGGAUCUCACCGCCACCCUCACCGCCGCCGCCAAGGCCAAGGCCGCCGCUAAUGGCGUUGAAGAGGAAAAGGUUCAAGAGGAGAUUUCCGAGCAGGACAAAGAACACAAGGAAUUCUUGGCCCAACACAAGGUCCACAGACACAAGUUGAUGGAAUUGGAGAAAGAUGAACCUCUUUUGAUCGAGAACAAGAGAAGAUUUGUUCUUUUCCCAAUCAAAUACCACGAAAUUUGGCAAAUGUAUAAAAAGGCUGAGGCUUCUUUCUGGACUGCAGAGGAAAUUGACCUUUCCAAGGACCUGCACGACUGGAACAACAGAAUGAACGAAAACGAAAGAUACUUCGUUUCCAGAGUCUUGGCUUUCUUUGCUGCUUCAGAUGGUAUCGUUAACGAGAACCUUGUUGAGAACUUCUCUGCCGAGGUCCAGAUCCCAGAGGCCAAGUGUUUCUACGGAUUCCAAAUCAUGAUGGAGAACAUCCACUCCGAGACCUACUCUCUUUUGAUUGAUUCCUACGUCAAAGACCCUAAGGAAGCCGAGUUCCUUUUCAACGCUAUCGAGACCAUCCCAUGUAUCAAAGAAAAGGCCGAGUGGGCCAUGAGAUGGAUCAACGAUGAGGAGGCUUUGUUUGCUGAAAGACUUGUUGCAUUUGCUGCCGUUGAGGGUAUUUUCUUCUCUGGUUCGUUCGCUUCUAUCUUCUGGCUUAAGAAGAGAGGUUUGAUGCCAGGUCUGACCUUCUCCAACGAGUUGAUCUGCAGAGACGAAGGACUGCACACCGACUUUGCAUGUUUGCUUUUCUCGCACUUGAACAACACCCCUCACAAUGACAUUGUUCUCAAGAUCAUCACCGAGGCUGUUGACAUCGAAAAGAGAUACUUCACCGAUGCUUUGCCAGUCAACUUGCUCGGAAUGAACUGUGCUUUGAUGUGUCAAUACGUCGAGUUUGUUGCUGAUAGAUUGUUGCUUUCCCUGGGUUGCAAGAAGCACUACAAUGUCUCCAAUCCAUUUGACUUCAUGGAGAACAUUUCUCUUGCAGGAAAGACCAACUUCUUCGAAAAGCGUGUUUCCGACUACCAAAAGGCCGGUGUCAUGGCUAAGAAUACUCAAGAAAAAGCCGACACCGAGACCGGUUUCACCUUCGAUGAAGAUUUCUAA